AGAGCUAGGCUAACAUGUCGGACUUCCCAGCUGGAACCAACAGCGCUGUAUCAGUGCUCCAGGUGCUUCUCCCGUCAGUUCAGGAUGCUAAAGAUUUAAAGCUUGCUCAUAAUCUAUGUCAAUUAUCCAAGUUUGGGGGUGACCCAGUACUUUUUCUUCUAACUCAAGGGAUACAUGAGUUCUUCUGUGGUAACCUAGACAGUUGUCUGUCAAGUUGUCAAUCUGUGAUUGAUAUCUGUUGGGAGAAAUGUAAUACGGGUCACUGGAGAGAUGUGAAUGUAAUCUGGAGGGAGACAUAUUCGUAUGCAAGUUUGUUCAAGGCUCUUUGCCUCGACGGCGUAGGAAGACAGAUAGAGGCCAUGAAGACUUGUGACAUGGGACUUCUGUUAGGGGCCCCCAUUUUGGACAACAUUUUAACAAGGCUUGCAACUGAAUUUCAGAAAAAUGUUAAGUCAAGUAGUAUAACUGAUCAAGACACAGCAGACAGUACUUUAGGUUGUUAUGAAUCUAAAAUUCAUUCAAAAGGAGAAGAAACAAACUUUUCAGCAGUUGUGAGAUCCAAAGAAAAAAAGAGGUUGAGGGACGACUCAAUGAAUCUUCAGCCUGAAUCUAGUGGAGAUGAACAGUUAUCUACAAGUAUUAAUUCUACAAAGAGAAGGAAGGGUGUUGCAAAUUUACCCAUAAUUGACAAGAAUUAUGAACUGAGCCAUGUUUGUUGUCCAUCAAUCGAAGCUUUUCUCACAAAUCACAUGCAGAAAGACAAACCAGUAAUUCUUGAAGGAGUAAUGGAUCACUGGCCUGCAAGAACGAAUCAUCAAUGGAGUAUCGAUUAUCUUAAGAAUAUCGCUGGUUAUCGCACAGUUCCAGUGGAGCUGGGCUCACGUUAUACAGAUGACACAUGGACACAGAAAUUAAUGUCAAUAGGAGAUUUUAUUGACAAUUAUAUCAAUCCAAUUGAAAAUGGACAAGAGUCUGAGAUUGCUUAUUUAGCUCAACACCAAUUGUUUGAUCAGAUCCCCGAGUUAAGAAGAGAUAUCAUUACUCCUGAUUACUGCUACAUUGGAGAAAGUGAUAAUGAGGUUAUCAUUAAUGCCUGGUUUGGACCUAAGGGUACAAUUUCACCCAUGCAUCAUGACCCUUAUCACAAUCUAUUGGCACAAGUGGUUGGAGAGAAAUAUAUACGACUUUAUUCCAAAAGUGAAACAGGGAAGCUUUAUCCUCACAAAUCUACCCUACUGAAUAACACAAGUCAGGUGGAUGUUGAAGUGCCUGAUCUCGUCAAAUUUCCUGAAUUCUCUUCAGCAGUUUAUCAGGAGUGUAUUUUGAAGGAAGGACAGAUGUUGUAUAUCCCCCCGUAUUACUGGCACUAUGUCAGGUCCUUGUCUCUCAGCUUUUCUGUCAGUUUCUGGUGGUCCUGACCGUUGAGCUUUGUCAUACUUUUUUAACGCAAUAAAUGGAAUAUACAACCUGA